AUGUCGCCGAGCGCGACCAGCGUUCCACUCGCUCAGUCUUCGACUCCGACUAACUACGGCUCCUUCGACACAAGGUCGCAGCGAUUCCUACAACCUGGCGCCAAUGGCGCUUUCGAAGAUCCCGAAAUAGUCAAGAGACAUUUGGUGCAACCCUCUGAUGCUAUGUCUGACGAUUCAGGUCGGAGGAGGGCAAGCGAUUCAGGGAAAGGCAAGCAGCCGGAUGUCGCCAGUGGCGGGCUAGAUGACGAGGAAUUCUCCAGUCUACGUCUACAGGGAGGAGAUAUCACCAGGCCAAUUUACAAAUGGGCUGAGGAGGCCACAAAUAAGGUCAAGAGAAGCCAGAGCUUCAGUGACCCUCGCCCCGAACCCGAGACAGAAGUCCUGGACAUCAACACAAUCAAGGUCCCUGGUGGAUUUCGGCGCAACUUCCUCCGACGGGCAGCGAGGAGCCCAUCGGCUGAUCCCGAUUAUGACGACUAUGGCGAAAGCGGUAGGAGAGGUACACAACAGGUCGGAACGGUGUUCACCUCUAGCUUCCUCGAAUUUCUUAGCAUCUAUGGACAUUUCGCUGGAGAAGAAUUGGAAGAGGAUGACGAAGACCUCAAGCCUGGCGAAUACUUUGGAUCAAGCGACGAGUACGAGUACGAGAGUGUGGAAGGCUCAGAAGACGAGAGAGAACCAAUGGAGGACAGUACUCUUCUCACGCCGUCGCGGAGACGGAGACGCAAGGUCCGUGGCGGCAGCGGGAAAGCCAGCCCGACCAGUGCUGCUCUCGUGCUACUCAAAUCGUUCGUCGGUACCGGUGUUCUGUUCCUGCCGCGGGCGUACCUUAACGGUGGCAUGGUAUUCAGCAACCUCGUCCUCCUCUUCGUAGCGGCACUGAGCUAUUACUGCUUCGUGCUGCUCGUGACCUCGCGUCUCAAAAUUGACGGAUCAUUCGGAGACAUUGGCGGCAUAUUGUACGGCAAUUGGCUGAGGAAAACAAUUCUGUUCUCUAUCGUGAUCAGUCAAAUAGGAUUCGUGGCGGCAUAUAUCGUUUUCACUUCUGAAAAUCUUCAGGCAUUCAUCCUCGCCGUUUCCGAUUGCAAGACGGUCAUUGAGAUAAGAUGGCUUAUUCUCAUGCAAAUGAUCAUCUUUCUGCCCUUCUCCUUAUUCAGGGACAUCAACAAGCUCAGUUUCACAGCAUUCAUUGCCGAUGUCUUCAUCGUUGUCGGAUUGGCAUAUCUCUUCUAUUACGACAUUCUGACACUGGAUACGUAUGGAUUGGGUGAUAUUACACUUUUCAACAAGAGAGACUGGACAUUGUUCAUCGGAACAGCCAUCUUCACGUUUGAGGGUAUUGGGCUCAUCAUUCCUAUUCAGGAAUCGAUGGCUGACCCGAGGAAGUUCCCGAAGGUGUUGUUCAUUGUCAUGAUCAUCAUUACUACUCUAUUCACGGUCAUGGGUGCUGUAUCAUAUGCCGCCUACGGGUCAAAGACGGAGACGGUUGUCCUCCUUAACUUGCCUCAGGACAGUAAGAUGGUUAACACUGUCCAGUUCCUCUACUCUAUCGCCAUCAUGCUCUCCACGCCGCUGCAGAUCUUCCCAGCGAUACGUAUCAUGGAGAAUGGCUUAUUCACUCGCAGUGGGAAGUACAACCCCUAUAUCAAGUGGCAGAAGAAUGUGUUCCGUUUCGCUACGGUUGCCGUGUGCGCAAUCAUUGCAUGGGGUGGCGCCGAUGAUCUUGACAAGUUCGUGGCUUUGGUUGGCAACUUUGCCUGUAUCCCGCUUGUCUACAUCUACCCACCUAUGCUCCACUACAAGGCCGUGGCAAAGACGAGAUUCUGGAAGAUCUCCGACAUCUGCCUCUGCAUAUUCGGAUUCAUCGCAAUGGCGUACACAACAAGUCUAACAGUGAUGAGCUGGGCCAGUGGCUCCACAGAGCCUCCGCUACCUGGAUAUUGUGACUCGAAGAAGCUGCCCGUGCUGCAGAUUUUGUAUCCUGUUUUUGAGGGUGUUCCUUGUCUCUUCUUGGACAAAAUGAACGCUCCCGACCGCUUCGAGCUCUUCUUGCUCUCCGAUGGCGAGAAGAAGAUCACCGAGGAGCCGUUCUCCGGCAUGUCCAACUGCUCCGACUUCACCUUGAAGAAGGAGGACCACACCCUCGGCAACCUCCUCUCCGAGCACCUGAAGCAGCACCCUCAUGUCCUGAUGGCCGGAUACAAGAUCGCUCACCCUAAUGUGCCUGAGCUGUUCAUCCGCGUCCAGACCGACGGCGCCAUCGCCCCCAAGGAGGCGCUGAUCGAGGUCUGCAAGCAGCUGGUUGCCGCGUACGGCCAGCUCGGCCGCGAGUUCACUCGCGAGUACGAGCUGCGUCGCAUGGUCGCCGCCGGCGAGCAGAACAAUGGUCACCCCAACGGCCAGUGA